AGCCUUCACUUUGGCAGCACGGUUGGCUACACGAGCGGGCGCGGCCCGGGCAGAGCGAGCGGCGCCCGGGCGCUGCAGCGGCUGCGCGCCGAGUUCGCGGCGCUGACGCCCGAGGCCAGGGCUGCAUACGAGGCCCGCUCCCUGCAGGACCGGCAGCGCUUCCAGCUCGAGUUCGCCGCCUGGCGGUCGCGGCAGCCGGAGGGCGGCCCCGGAGGCCCGGCGCUGAGGCUGGGCGAGACAAGCUUGCCCAGCCGCGCGCCCCCACGUGGUCCGAGCUGAUGCACCGCGGGGAGAGGGGGGCGAUGGCGGACGUGUUCGCCGGGGCAAACCUCCAGGGCCUGGUGGAAGACAGGCAGCUGGCGAGGCAGGCGCAGCAGCUUAGGAGGGACACCCAGGCUCCGGCCACCCCCGCCGCACCAGCGCGGCACGGCCGAAGGUCUGGCAGGGCCGCCGGGGCCGCCGCG